AUGGAUCUCAUCCGCAGUGGAUGUUGGGAAGCUGAUGGAGAGUACGGCAUUCCGGCGAGUCUAUGUUACUGUGGUAGAAGAGUCGUUGUCCACACUUGUCGGACUGAUCUAAACUCUGGAAGGAGGUUCUUCACUUGCAAAAACAGUGAGGAAGGAGGUGUUCAUGUUUGGAAAUGGUGGGACGAUGUCGUUAUGGAGGAAUUCAACAUCGUCAAAGUCCGAUUAGAUGAGGCAGCUGAUAAGAUUCAGAACCUGAAACGCCUGGUGGAGUAUGAAGCAAAGCUGAAGGAGUUGGAGUUGGUAGCCAAGCGAGAUGUGAAGGAGUAG